CGACACCGAGUUACUCCACUGUUUACUUUUUAGACCUUACGGCUUACAGAGUACAGAAUAGGUUUGAUGGAAUGCGAAAAAAUAGAACAUUUAACGAACUCGUAUUAAUUUUAGGCCUCGUCCCGAAUUCAAAGCGAAUCUCGUUGCGAUACAGCAACUCCACCUCGCGAGGUGGCUUCGCGUACCGUAUCUGUAGGCGUGGCCACUGCAUACAGCCACCUCGUGCGGUUGAGCAACCGUACCAUAGCGAGAUUCGCUUCGAAUUCGGGACAAGGCCUUAGUUUGGCUAAGACUUACGGAAAAGUGUUCUGUAGAAGUGAACCUUUUAUGUUGAACUGCCUAAGACCUAAUAAGGGAUAGCUACUUAAAAGUUUGUAAAUCAGCUAUGUUGCUUGUUGUGGAUUUGUGGGUACGUGAACGGUGAAUAUUUAAAAUCUUACGGUUAGUCUUACCAUUUCGACUGGAUAUUUGGGUUAUAGCGUGAUUGUUAUGUUUAUGAAUUGAAUUUGAGCUGUGCAGUCUUUUGUGUUCUAGCUAGCAUGUCUUCCGAUUUUUCUUGAAAUCAAAUGGUAACAUUUAACGUAACAACUAGAAAUCUGAACUGAUGGGUUUGUCUCUACUUUAACCUGGAAACUGCCGAGAAUAUGGAUCGUCUUGAUAAAGGGUGACCGUUGACGAAUAAUAGCUUUGUCAAACUGAAAUGGGAUAAAUAUUGAAUCUGGUAUUUUCAUCCUUAUAUUUACAAAGAAUUAUCUACAAUGGAUACAUGGAGUUAUGAUUCGGAGCAUCUGACUACUGUGAAGUCCGAAGAUAUCGACUGCUUCUUUUUGGAUUCAGUCGUUGAUGACGCCGUUAACAUUAAGCAGGAAAGUGGGACGGAUGACUACAUACGAAUGCACCACUCAUUUCUUCCACCCAGUAGAUCAUCUGUUGCGAUAUCCGAGAUACCGCUGCGAAAAUCUGUGAAUUUUGGAAGUCGCCAGGUACGAGCGGAAUCGCUGAGGAAGCCUGGCGCCGUAGAAGCUUUUAACGCUUCACCUGCCGGGAAUAACUCCCGUUCAUGGCGAAACGGUCAUAAUCGCGGAGAAACCUUUGUAACACCGCGUCACGAUGUGCUGUCAGCGCUUACGCUGCCGCAUCCGGCUCCUUCAGAGAGUCGUAGUUCGCAGACAAGCAGCACGUCCAGCGAAGAGUGCUCGGUUGUUAAUGGUGAUAUUGGGGCUGGUCACUGCUGGAUGAGCAUGAUUUGCACGGAUGUGCCGUCUCCAUCAGCUCUGCACGGCAGUUUGUAUUCGAAUGAUCACAUCGAUAUGGACGUGUCUGAACCUUUUCCCGAAAUUCCCGAUGCACCACCGGCCGCGUUGCCGCAUAGUCAGCAGUCGGCGCCGGUGAGCUCCGCACGGGCGGAAGAUAUGCGCUUGUUAGCGGAUAUGUUUCGGCGAAUAUCCGGGGUGUUUGUGACCAAUCCCGUUACCAAGACCAAUGAUUUUAUCUCACUGGAUCAGAAAACACAGCAGCGCGAAUACGCAGUUCAGACUGAUGUUAGUGGUCAGGAUGCGAUAGCAUCGGCCAGUGUGGCGAAUAUGGAAAGUCAAACGGAUCACGCGGGGGUUGUUUCUCUUGAACCGGGGUGGGGAAUUCAUCUCGUAGUAGUUCAACGCGUAAAUGGUCCCCCUGUUGCGCCGAUUGUUCUGCCCCUGCAAACAUCUGGUGACCAUGGUCAGCUGACGAACAGUGCCGGGUCCAUCGUUGCAAUGGCUGCUAGUUCCGGUGGCUUAACAAGCUUUAAUGAGCGUUCUGUUGCGGAAGCUAGCCUAGAGAAGCAGUUGGAGACAGAGCGAAAACUUCGGUUGCGGGCGGAACAACAAUUGGCGGAGUGCCGGAAAGAGUGCGAAUUAUUGAAAAGCCAGCUUCAAUCAUCUCAGGUGAAUCGCUCUCAGUUGUUGCAUGGAACGGAAAAAUUUUCGAAAGCAUACCUCUCCUUCGCCUCCAAAUACGAAGGUGUUCAUCGCCAGUUGAUGAUAAGACGAGUCUUUGAUACUGAAAGGCAUCACGACGAAUCGUCCCAACCCUUUGCAAUUAGCGCGAAAUCAGGGAAGCGGUCACCACUGGCAGGGGACAGUGACAACAGUGAAGCGGAUGAGAAGUUGGAUAAGCUAUCGCAAAUCGGCUCUUGUUCUUCAAGAUCUGGCUCGGUAGUGUCUGAAAAAGCUGUAAAGACUCGCGUAUCUACCCUGUUAAUUGCUGCUGGUGUUAAGGAAAACACGGAAUCUGAAGUCAAUAAUUCAUCUGAGCAUGUUUGUCAAAAGUGUGGUAGAGCUUGCGAAACAGCCGGUGCUUUGCGGCAUCACAACCGACGCGUCCAUACUCCGGAAGCAAAACUCCUCUUCUGCCAGUACUGCAAUGUGUCGAAGAAGCGCCGGGAUCAUCUCAUCCUUCAUGAAACCAAAUGCCAGAAAAAUCCGAAAGUGGUUAAGAGUGGUCUGGUUUCGAAUUCCCACCUUUCGUUAGGCACAGAAAGAGACACGAGCUCGGCGAGCUCUGGUUACUAAAGCAGCAGCUAAUAGUUAUUUUCUUGUCAGCCCCGUAUGUGUUAAUCGAUGCCCGUUUUUGUUCUUACAUUGGUGGCUAAUAUAUGCAGGUUUGAUUUGUGACAAUGGUCUGGAUUUUCUCACAGGUCGCUUUCUGUUCCACUUUAUUGUGGUGAUUGAUUUUUUCAGGGAAUGUUUUUUGCUCUCUGUGAUAGGUUUGAGCCUGCUUUUAUUUGCCCGUACUGUGUUGGUUUCACUUCAGUAUGCGCUGGAUUUCCAUAAUACAUAAUUAUGCGUUUGUUUCGUUUAGGUUCUUAUUGUCGAUUCAUGAAUAAAGUAAUAAUGCAG